AUGUUGGUGGUUCUACUGACAAUCGUCCUGCUGGCCCUGAGCUCAGUUCAGAGCUCAAGUGAAGAUCAAGGCAACCACACUCAGCCUCUUCCUCCUCACCCUGACCAAGGCAACCACACUCAGCCUCUUCCUCCUCAUCCAGGUCAAGGAAAUCAAACUCAUCCUCGUCCUCCCCACCCUAAUCAUGGCAACCAGACUCAGCCUCGUCCCCCUUACCCUGACCAAGGCAACCACACUCAGCCUCUUCCCCCUCACCCUGACCAAGGCAACCACACUCAGCCUCGUCCUCCUCACCCUAACCAUGGCAACCAGACUCAGCCUCAUCCCCCUCACCCUGACCAAGGCAACCACACUCAGCCUCGUCCUCCUCACCCUAACCAUGGCAACCAGACUCAGCCUCUUCCCCCUCACCCUGGCCAAGGCAACCACACUCAUCCUCGUCCUCCUCACCCAGACCAAGGCAACCAGACUCAGCCUCUUCCCCCUCACCCAGACCAAGGCAACCACACUCAUCCUCUUCCCCCUCACCCAGACCAAGGCAACCACACUCAGCCUCUUCCCCCUCACCCUGACCAUGGCAACCAGACUCAUCCUCUUCCUCCUCACCCUGAUCAUGGCAACCAGACUCAUCCUCUUCCUCCUCACCCUGACCAAGGCAACCACACUCAUCCUCUUCCCCCUCACCCUGACCAAGGCAACCAGACUCAUCCUCUUCCUCCUCACCCUGACCAUGGCAACCAGACUCAUCCUCUUCCUCCUCACCCUGACCAUGGCAACCAGACUUAUCCUCUUCCUCCUCACCCUGACCAUGGCAACCAGACUCAUUCUCUUCCCCCUCACCCAGACCAAGGCAACCACACUCAUCCUCUUCCUCCUCACCCUGACCAAGGCAACCAGACUCAGCCUCUUCCUCCUCACCCUGACCAAGGCAAUCAGACACACCCUCGUCCUCCUCACCCAGGCCAUCAACAUAUACCACAGCAAGAUGGAGGCAACCAGAUAGGAUCUCAUCCGCCUCAUCCUGACUACUGA